GCAGACCUAUAGAGCAGACUUGUCUGUGGGUUUUGAGCAUUUGCUUUGGAUUUGCCUCUGUCAGCUCAUGCACACUUAUCACCCAUGGAUUGGAGUGUGUUUUCAGUUCAGUUUCUUGUGAAGAGUGCCCUGUUCACCCGCUUUGAGCCAGUUUUGUUAUGCAAACUAAAGCACCAUAAGUGGACUUUCAAGGUAAACUCCUGAGCUGAAUUAAAAUACUCAUGUUUACGCACCCAGUGUUAAACAAGGUGUGGUACUUUUGCAGUGUUAGAAACAGAAAGGAAUAACUUUGGAGUUAAAACAUUAGGUAAGGCUGGUAUUUUAACACUUUUUUUUUUCUCUGUUGUCCCAUUCCUUUCAGUUUUAGCAUUCUUAUAAAAAAUGGAGACAAUUGCCCUGUUGGAUGUUAACAAAGGAGGAGUUAAAUAUUCAGCAAAAGGGAGAAGAGGAAAAGUAGAGGUGCUGGCUUGAAGAUGAGAUAGAACUAGUGAUAUCAAAGGGGAAAUAAAGGGAGCAGAGAUGAGAAGAAUCUUUCUGCUGUACUUAUAUGCAGCUUUAUCUCUGGAAAGAGAGGCAUCUUAAUCACCCAGUCCAGAAGAUGGCAAACUUGAUAGCACUAUUUUUGCUUGGGAUUACUAGAACUUUUCUCCUGCCUAAUCCACCUUCUUGAUGAUUUCACUUCUUUUGCUCAUUUAGAGUGUUGUCAGAGUGGACAAGCUGUGCUUUGUGCAGUGGCCCAUUGCUCUCCCAAAUGGCCAUGGCCAAGAAGCUGAGCUUGUCCUUUCCUUCCAUCUCCGUGGUUCUCUUAACCAGAGAUCAUCCCCUUGUUCCUGUCAAGUAAAAAAAAAUAAAAAUUCUCUCAGUUGCUAAUUCCAUUCUAUAGAAAGUGCACCUAGAGGGAAAACCCAGCUCUGUGUGCAGGCUGUUUUUCCAGCUCCGUGGUGCAUAGGGAAGAAUGAGUUUGGCUCAGAGGUUCCCUGCUGUUUUCUCCAGGAGUCUUGCAGCCGCUUUCCCUCCUCGGUCCAUUCUGCUUAGGGAGCCGUGAAAGGGGAGUUUGGCAGAGUGGGAGCUGCUGGGCAGAGCCUCUUGGCAGCAAGGAGCAGGGACUCUUGUCCUGUUGCUCUGAAUGGCAGAAGCAAAGCAGCGCAGCGUUUCCUGCUGCUGGCGUACCCAAAGGUGCCAUCCAGCUUGCCAGAAGGCAACCAUAACUCCAAAAGCUGCUGUGCUAAUUCAGGGACGUGGUAGUAGGGCAGGAGUACUGAUGCUGUUAUCAGCAGAAAUUGUUUGUUGUUUAAUGGAGAGUUUAUCAGCGUUCAGAAGGGCACAGGCCACAUCAGAAUGACCAUUGCUACCCCGUAUCUGCUGCCGUUUGGGGGUUAAAGUUUGUAUCAGCAGCAUGCAACUGGCCCAGUUGUAAAACUGAGAAAAUUAUCCCAUGCAGCAAAACUGUAGGUAAAGUGCAGUCCAGAGUACUAACAAGUUACUCUAGAUAUCAGAAGAAUUUAGGCUGAUGUUGUGACUUUUGGACUGGAACUUAGCAGCCACAUAGUGCAAGACCAAGCUUUAAGUUUAUAGUUUCUAAAAACACGGAUGCAGUGUGUAUUAUUAGUAACUCUCUAUUUGCAAGGGUUCAUAAUUCUUUUUCCUUCAGAGCAGCAUUACCCAAACCAUGACAUGAUCUCCUGUGUAGAGCUAAAAAGGAGCACGGCUGACAAAUGAGACAGGUCUCAGAAAAAGCAGGAACAUUAGUUACAUUAUAGUAUUCAGUCAUGCUUUAAUUAUGUCUGUAGAAAUGGCUAGAGGGUAAAAAAUUUUGGUAGAAAUUGACUGGUUUGCAAAAUAUUAGUGGUUUUUAAGAGAGUGGGAGACCCUUGAAAAUGAAGGUUUAAAACCAUGCAUAUUGAUGAACAGCAGUCAGUUGUGCUUUGCCUGUAUUUCUGAUUUUUCUCCCCUUUGCUCAGAAGGGGAAAACAUUUUUUCCACAGUAAACCUCAGCUUUUUAACUUUUGAUCUACUCUGAUAGUAAAACUUGAUAUUUUUUACCACUUUCCGUUUCUCAAAGCAGUUCUUCCUAUGGUUUUUAAACUUCAGCAGGAAGAUUGGCUCAUGAACAAAGAAUCCCCAUUUGUAUGUUUCUGAGUAAAAGGCCAGUAGAAAAUACUACUUUUUUUUUCCUUCUUUUUCUUUUUUUAAUCAUGUGUAUUGCUCUAAUUCUUUGAGUUACUCCUGUAUCCCCAGAGAGCCCGUGUGAUGAACUCUCUUUGCCAAUUCCCUCUUUCCCCCUCAGCUGGUGCUCAGGCCAGCAGUGGGGGUGGGACAGGACAGAAGUGGGCUGUGUAAAAAGCAUGGAAGAGCGGGAAGGGAGAGGGAUGACUUGGGUGAGGCAUUUUGUAGGGGAGUUUGGAGCCGCAGUUUUGGAAGGGAGAGCAGGCUGGAUGUGCAGGAGGGAGGUUGCCAGGCUCUGGGAGCGGAGAGCCGUGGUAUGUGGGGCUGGCCAGAAAGCAGCCUAUGGCGUGGAAACCGGCGUGGGACACAAAAGGAGGAAGGAACAGCAACAAGGAGGCAGGGAAAACCGAAAGAGGGGUGGCAGGAAGCUGAGGAAAUGGGGAGCAGCAGCUCGGCGUCAGGAGGCGGCAGGUACACAUCUGGAGGUGGCAGGUACACAUCUGGACGCAGCAGAACAUGAGCCCAAAAGGAUCUAGAAAAGAGCCCCAAAGUCCCCAACUCCAGGGCUCCCUCCCAAGGGAUUUGUGGGUUUGGAGAGGGCCUUAAAAUGGCUCCAGCCUGUGAGCACUGCCAGACUGCCAGACAUGUAUUUAAAUAACGUGACAGAGUUUCUCAUUUCCUCUCACAGUAGUGACUAGACUUGGCCUUGCUUAUUGGAAGCCUUCCAUCCAUCAUACACUUCUCGGCAGAGUGUGCAUUUCAUCACCUUUUAUUACUGCUCCAUAUAAAACAUGACCACCUCCUGCUACCGCUACUCCAUUAGUGCAGGUAGCAGAGCUCCAUCCACUGCUCCCGAUUUCAGCCAGGAUGAUAAGUAGUGUGGAUGCCGGUAUUGUGGAUAUCCUUUUGCCUUGUUCCAGCGCUAUUUCCUCUUCCAGAAGGAGACCUACCUCAUUCACCUCUACAAUGUGUUCACGGGACUCUCAAUUGCUUACUUCAAUUUUGGGACGCAGUUUUUUCAUUCCCUGAUAUGUGUCCUAAUCCAGUUCCUGAUACUGAGACUAAUGGGUCGCACAAUCACUGCCGUCAUCACCACAUUUCUCUUUCAGAUGACAUACCUUAUGGCUGGAUAUUACUUCACAGCCACAGAGCAUUAUGACAUCAAGUGGACAAUGCCACAUUGUGUCUUGACGCUUAAGUUGAUUGGUCUGGCCAUUGAUUACUAUGAUGGAGGAAAAGAUCCGGAGUUCCUGACCCCUGAGCAGCAGCAAUUCGCUGUUCGGGGGGUUCCUACCUUGCUGGAGGUCUCAGGAUUCUCCUAUUUCUAUGGUGCCUUCAUGGUUGGGCCUCAGUUCUCCAUGACAGACUAUCAGAAACUGGCAAGGGGUGAGAUGACUGACGUUCCAGGCCAGAGACCCAAUAGUUUUGUGCCUGCUCUCAAGCGUCUGAGCCUGGGUCUCUUGUUUCUAGUAACCUACACCUUGUCGAGCCUGUAUGUCUCUGAUGAGUACCUCACCUCAGAUGAGUACAUGGAGAAGCCUUUCUGGUUUCGUUGUGGUUACAUAUUGAUCUGGGGCAAAAUGAUACUCUACAAAUAUGUAACUUGCUGGCUUGUUACGGAAGGUGUCUGCAUCCUUGUUGGUCUGGGGUACAAUGGGAAAGACCAGAACGGAAAGCCUUUGUGGAAUGCCUGUGCCAACAUGAAGGUCUGGCUGUAUGAGACAACACCUUUGUUCACAGGGACCAUUGCUUCUUUCAACAUCAACACCAAUGCUUGGGUGGCCCGCUACAUCUUCAAGCGCUUGAAGUUCCUGGGCAACAAACUGCUGUCACAGGCACUGGCCCUGUUCUUCCUGGCCAUCUGGCACGGGCUGCACUCUGGCUACCUGGUGUGCUUUCAGAUGGAGCUGCUGAUAGUCAUCGUGGAAAGACAGGCCAUGAACCUUGUUCGGGACAGUCCUGCCCUAAGCACUUUGGCCUCCAUCACUGUCUUGCGGCCCAUCUUCUACGUGCUGCAGCAGACUAACCACUGGAUGUUCAUGGGCUACUCCCUGGUGCCAUUUUGCCUCUUCACCUGGGACAAAUGGAUGAAGGUGUACAGGUCUAUUUAUUUCUUCGGCCACGUGUUGUUCUUCACCUUACUGCUGGUGUUGCCUUACAUUCGCACAUUAAUCGUGCCACGAAAAGAAAAGCUAAAAAGAGCAGAAUAACAGCCAAAAGAUUGUACCACCUGUGCAUUCGUAGGAGUUGAUUUAACACUCCGGAAGCAAAGCAUCACCUGCCAAGUUUGCUGUGUUGAAGUAUGACUAUUUUUCAACGCGAGGAGGGGGAAGGAGAAAGCACAGGGUCAGAGACCCGAAAGGAGGGGAUCCGAGCGAGCCUCCUUGAGACCCUCCACCUUCUGUCUGUUGCCUUAUCUCUGCCGCCCCGCGGCCGGCACUCGUCUCUCCGCUGAUACCAGAUGAUUGUACCACACUCACGGCAGGUGCUGCGUUGGAUUGGAGCCACCUUCUGACUUUUCUACGUUUGUCAUCUAAGAUAAAAAAAUUGCUCCUGGUCUUUU